AUUUUUGUGCUUUAUAAAUUAUUUUUUUGCGACUGAUCAUUAAUUCAAAAUUUAAAUCCUUGGCGAAGGGGACUGAAGCAGUGACUAUUAGCACAAAGGUUACUUAUAUACAGUUAGUAAAGUUCAAAUGCUGAAUGGAGAACUACUUUGGACUUUGGCUUGUUUUUAUGUUGUCAUUUUUAAAUGCGAGCAAUGGCUGUGAUGAUGGUUGGUUAGAGUAUGGAAACUAUUGCUAUUUUUUCCAAAAUAAAACUUUGCAAGGAAAAAACUGGAGAGAUGCCUUUUUAUCAUGUCAAGUUAUGGGUGCAUAUUUAUUGAGUAUUGAGGAUCAAGCAGAAAAUUUUUUUAUUAAAAACAUUCUUAAAGAUGAUAGCAUGCAAAAAGAUAGUUACUGGAUUGGAUUAAAUGAUGCUUGCAAUAAUAGAGAGUUUAAGUGGUCAGAUAACACAAAACCACAGUUUUUAAAUUGGUUACCGAAAAAACCUAACAAUGCUGGACGUGGGGAGAACUGUGUGGUAACAAAUGAUAUUGGUUGGAAUGACGUGGAUUGUUAUGAUGAAUAUGGGUUUAUUUGUAAAUAUGCAAAAGUUAACAAUGGUUUGUGUGCUGAUGGUUGGGUGAAUUAUAAAAACUAUUGUUACUUUUUCCAAAACCAAAAUGCAACAUUUCCAGGAAUUGAUUGGGAAAGUUCUUAUUUAUCAUGUCGUUUUAAAGGAGGAAACUUGUUAAGUAUAGAAGAUCAUGGAGAAAAUUUGUUUGUCACAAACAUUCUUCAAGAAAUGAAAAAGAAUGGCAGUGUGAAAGACCAGAAUUUCUGGAUCAGUCUCAAUUAUCUUAUGAGUCACAAAAGAUAUGUGUGGUCUGAUAAUACUAUUUGGAAUCAAAAAUUAUUAGGUGAAAGCAUAUUAAAUCAAAUAAACAAUUUUUCAAUGGGAACAGUAAAAUGUGCAAUAAUAAAUGUUAAUGGUUGGAGUUUUCAAAAUUGUCGCAAUAAUAACAGCUACAUUUGUAAAGUUAAAAGAAAGAGCAAUAAUACUUGUGCCAAGGAUUGGUUGGAAUUCGCUAGUUAUUGCUACUUUUUUCAGAGUACAGAUGAGACAUUUCAUCAGAAGUGGAGCGAUUCCUUUUUAAAAUGUAUAGAAAAAGGUGGAAACUUAUUAAGUGUAAACGACGAAACAGAAAAUUCAUUUAUUUUAAACAUUCUGAAAAACUACAGCAUGAGUAAAGAUAAUUACUGGAUUGGUCUUACUGAUCGUUGGUAUAACAAAUGGUAUACAUGGUCUGAUAAUACCUACUUACAGUAUGCAAAUCCAAAUUUCUCUUCGCUAAAAUUUUAUGAAAGUUUUGACUGUGUAAAAAUACGUGAAAGAAGAUGGGAUGCAGAGGAUUGUAGUGACCUUAAUGGAUUUAUUUGUAAAGUUAGAAGAGCAAGUGCUGAACUAUGUGCUGAAAAUUGGAUUGGGUAUGGAAGAUAUUGCUACCUUAUUCAAGGCACAAUCAUCAAAGUUACUUGGUUAGAAUCUUUUUCAAUAUGCCAGUCUAAAGGAGGAAAUUUGUUAAGUAUAGAAGAUGAAGAUGAAGAUCUAUUUAUUCAAAAUUUGAUCCAAGACACAAACGAAUGUUAUUGGAUUGGUCUUAAUAAACGUUGGAAUUACAAAAAUUUUGUAUGGUCAGAUAAUACAUUCUCGCAGUUCUUUAAUUGGGUUCCAAAUCAAACUAGUGAUAACUCUAAAAACGCAUACUGCGUACAAAUCAAUUCAACUGGUUGGGUGAAAAAGGAAUGCAAUUAUUUGGAUGGGUAUAUUUGUAAAGUUAAACAAGCCCAAUUAGAUUAUUUCUACCACAGAGAAGAAAUUAUUCUAACACGAGGUUUACUUCUUGGAAAACUUAUUGUUUUGAAAAAAGAAUACACUAUUUCAUUUAAUUUAAAACCAAUGAGUUUUUCAAAGGGUUUAAAAAAUGUUCUUCAACUCAUCUCUGGCAGUAACAGUCAAAAUUAUAAAGAAAAAAGUCUAGGUGUUUGUUUUCAUGAAGACGGUUCUGGAAGACUUGUUAUUUAUGCUGCAGUUUGGGGUAAUAGUAAUCAUUCUAUUAAAACUGACCGGCUACCUUUGGGUCAAUGGUCUAACAUAAAAAUAUACCAGUGGCUGUAUUCUAAUAAAUAUUGGUUUGCUAUUGACAUAAAUGGUGUUAAUAUCCAUCAAGUAGAAAAUUUUUUUGCUGAUGAUUUUAAAGAGCAAAAGGUCUUUACCUCAAAUCUUUGGAACGAUGCACAAAAUGGAUCAAUAUCUCACUUUUUAAUUAUUAAUGGAAAAGCUGAGUAUGUUAUUGAGAAUUAUAAUACCCUGUUAGUUAAAGGAAAAAUCAUUGCUCAAAUACCUAGGUUAAAUAAAGAGUAUCUAUUGUCUUUUGAUCUUUAUCCAAUGGCAUUUGAGAUUGGACUACACAACAUUAUUCAAUUUACUUAUGAAGCUAAUAUACUUAAAAGUGAAAACAAAAUUCUAGGCAUCUGGUUAGAUGAAAAUGGUAAAGGAAAAAUUAAAAUUGCUGCUAUAAUCAGUAGAGAACUAAGUUUUUAUUAUUAUCCUAUCAAAUUAAAUAUGUGGUCAAAUAUUGAAGUUUCUCAAAGUUUCAAUAGCUUAGUUUACAUAUACAAAAUCAGAAUAAAUGGAGAUGUUGUAUUUUCUAUGAUAAACAAUCAAGCCCGGGUUUUUUUCAAUGUCAGAAUUUAUGCUUCAAAUCCAUGGGACAAAGUUCAAAAUGGCUCAAUAAAAAACUUUUUUAUUAUCAAUGGCAUUUCAAGUAAUAAAACUGAGUCUAUAAUUGUUCUUCCUAAAGAUUACGUUAACUAUAAACAUGAGUUUGAUUUAAAUCAAGGAACAAUUCUUGGAACACUAGGUGUUUUAAAAAAGGAGUACACUAUUUCGUUUAAUUUAAAGCCUAUGAGUUACUCAGAGGGUUCGAAAAAUGUUCUUCAUUUAACUUUGUGUAACAAAUGUAAAUUACAUGAUAACUUUAAUCUUGGUCUUUGGUUUCAUAAUGGGUCUGGAAGUCUUGUUAUUUAUACUUCAUUUAAUGGUAAUAACUACUCUGUCAAAACAAAUCCGCUUAUAUUAGGCAAAUGGCAUAAUAUUAGAAUAUAUCAGUGGUUGCUGGGAAAAAUCUAUUGGUUUAUGGUUGAUUUAAAUAAUGUAAAUGUUUAUAAAGUAGAAAAUAUUUUGGCCGAAAAUUUAAAAAAUGUCAAGGUGUAUGGUUCGAAUAUAUGGGAUCCUCCACAACAUGGUUCUAUAUCUGACCUUCUGAUAAUCAAUGGAAAAGUUGAGUACAUCAUUGGUAACACAAUCACCCCAUUAGCAAAGGGAAAUUUAAUUGCCGAGAUUCCCGUUUUAGAUAAAGAAUUUAUUGUUUCCCUUGAUUUUAAUCCUAUUAAGUUUGAUUUUGGUUCACAUAAUAUUAUUCACUUCACUAUUGGUUCUGAUCAUUCUAAUUAUGGUGAUAAAACGCCAGGAAUCUGGUCAAAUUCACAAGGAAAUGGUGUACUUGAUAUUGCAUCUUCAAUUAAUGGAUAUGUAGAUGUGCAUACUUUUUCAACAAAUGCAUUUAAAGUCAAUCAAUGGUCGAAUAUUGUAAUAAGUCAAGUUUUUAACGGAUCAUUUUAUAUUUACACAAUCAGUAUAAAUGAAGAAGUUGUAUUUUCUAUUAUAAACUAUCAAGCUAAACAUUUUUUUAAAGUUAAAGUAUAUGCUUCAAAUCCAUGGGCUGAAGUUCAAAAUGGUUUAAUCAAAAACCUGUUUGUUAUCAAUGGAAAUUCCAUCAAUGUUAUGGAACCUAUUGUUAUUGUAUCUAGAGUUUCAUCAACUUCACAUCCUACUAGUAACAAAGCAUUAGUAUUAUCUGUUGCCAUAUUAGCUCCUGUUGCAGUUAUUAUUGUUGCAGUUACUUUUAUUGCUGUGUCAAGAUUUUUUAGAAGAAAAUCUCAACAGUCAAUUAAAAGCUUAGAUCCUUACACCAUUGUGAACUACGAUGAAUGCGAUAAAGCUUUACCAGAUGAAUGGGAGAUACUUCCUAAAGAUAUUAUUUUGGAUCGAAAAAUUGGGGAAGGUGCUUUUGGUACUGUUUUUAUUGCAAAACUCAGUUCUUUAAUUCUUUCAAAACUGAAUGCGAAACAGAAAUUCAGAAAAAACUUUGAUAUCAAGGAAAAUAUUUUAAAUGUUGCUGUGAAACUUGUAAAAGAUUCUGCUGAUUCAUCAGAACUUAAUGAUUUUACUGAAGAAAUGAAUCUAAUGAAAGGAAUUGGAUACCACAAGAAUAUUGUAAACUUGAUUGGCUGUUCAACAAUUAAGAAACCCUUGUGUUUAAUAGUUGAGUAUAUGGAGCAUGGCGAUUUAUUGAAUUUCUUAAGAAAAAAUCGAACAAAUUUUUGCGUUUUAACAACUGAUGCAAGUUCAUCUGUAAACUUUAUGUUUACAAAAGGAUAUCAACAAUCUCAGGUUAUACCUAAAAAAAUUCAGUUAGAAGAAAAUGGGAUAAUAACACCUGAGGAUUUGCUUUGUUUUGCUUGGCAGAUUGCAUCAGGGAUGGAAUAUCUUUCAUGUGCUAAAUUGGUUCAUCGAGAUCUAGCUGCAAGAAAUAUUUUGGUUGGAACUGGAAAAAUAGUUAAAAUAUCUGAUUUUGGCUUGACUAGAAAAGCUAAUGACGAGUUAAACUAUAUGAGUAAAAAAAAGCGUCGUUUACCGGUCAAGUGGAUGUCUGUUGAAGCCAUAUUUGACCAGAUUUUUACAUCAUUUAGCGAUGUGUGGGCAUUUGGUAUCGUUUUAUUCGAAAUUGUUACCUUAGGAGGUACCCCUUAUCCUGCUAUAAGCAACCGUGAACUUCUUCUUCUUUUGAAAUCUGGUUAUCGAAUGGAUAAACCUGAUAACUGCUCUGAAGCAUUAUACGAUAUCAUGUUGCAGUGUUGGAAUGAGGAUCCAUUACAGCGUCCUACUUUCACAUCAUUACGUGAAUAUUUUGAUGGAGUUAUGUCUCAAGGUGAUUGUUAUCUCGAUUUUAAAAUCGACGAAAAUAUUUCACCGCUAUUUCUACCGUUUGAAAAAGAGAAUGACGAUGAUGAUAAUACGGAUGAAGACAAAAUCUUUCAAAACCCUGAAUACAUAAAAACAAUUGAGGGAAUAAAAAAGGAACGCGAUACACCUAUUUUUUCAUCAAAUGAUAGAUAUACAAGUUGUGUUUAAAAUUUGAUUUUACCAUUAUAAUCAAAGGAUCUUACCAUUUAAUGACCACUUCGCCCACACACACACACCACUUCAAAAACCACGUUUUCUAAUUAUUAAACAAUUAGAUUAUUAUUUUUUUUAAUUAAAAAAAUAUAUAUUAAAUUCAAAAAAACCUGAGAAA